CUGCCAGUCUGCCGCUUUUCCAUCGAAGAAGAAGAAGUGCGGAAGUACGGCUUCCAAACAUAUUCCCGUUGGAGGAGUAAAAAAAUACUGCAGACCAUCGUCUUUCCGUUAAAAAAGAGGUUAAAUCUCUGACUGACCGUUUCUUAACAAGACAAUGGGCACUAGAGAUGACGAAUACGAUUAUCUGUUCAAAGUGGUCCUGAUCGGAGACUCGGGGGUGGGAAAGAGUAACCUGCUGUCCCGUUUCACCCGGAACGAGUUCAACCUGGAGAGUAAGAGCACCAUCGGAGUGGAGUUCGCCACGCGCAGCAUCCAGGUGGACGGCAAGACGGUGAAGGCUCAGAUCUGGGAUACGGCCGGCCAGGAGCGCUACCGAGCCAUAACGUCAGCGUACUACCGCGGGGCGGUGGGAGCUCUGCUGGUCUACGACAUCGCCAAGCAUUUAACCUACGAGAACGUGGAGCGCUGGCUGAAGGAGCUGAGAGAUCACGCCGACAGCAACAUCGUCAUCAUGCUGGUGGGCAACAAAAGCGACCUGCGCCACCUCCGGGCCGUCCCCACCGACGAGGCCCGGGCCUUCGCUGAGAAGAACGGUUUAUCUUUUCUGGAGACGUCGGCUCUGGACUCCACCAACGUCGAGACGGCCUUCCAGACCAUCCUGACAGAGAUCUACCGUAUCGUCUCCCAGAAGCAGAUGUCGGAGCGCCAGGAGAGCGACAUGUCGCCUAGCAACAACGUGGUCAACAUCCAGGUGCAGCCCACCGAGAACAAACCAAAGAUGCAGUGCUGUCAGAACAUCUAACCGGGCCACGAUCUGCUGCUCCCUCCUCCUCCCCCACCUCCCCCUGCCCUCCCCCCUCCAGCUCACAGCCCCUCCCCCCUCAGAGAAUAGACUGCCUCGGCUCGGCGCGGUGCUCACCUGUACCCGCCUCCCUCUAGCUCCUCCCCCUCCCCAGGUAAAUAUAUCCAGUAUAAGACGACGUCACCGACGGGUGGCCCCCCAGCAGAGCCCCUGUGUCUCUAUUCGACUGCAGGGCAGCAGGCAGCAGGCAUUUCAUAUCACGUUAGAUUUCAUUCCUGUAGAUGCGCUGACAUGUCACGGAAAUGUCUUAAUAUAUGAAUGUGAUUUGUUUUCUUCUCUUCUCGCUCUGUGCUGUUGAUUUCUCCACCUUUUUUAAUGAUCUCUGUCUUGUACCAUAUAUCUACUCUUUAGGUAUAUAUGAAUUUAAAGCACAUCAAAGUUGCUCUGAAGUGUAUUCCUCUAUACAAGCUCCUCCCUGUCGUUUUAGCCCCCCCUCCUCUUUAGUGCAAUGUACUGUUUUGAAAACCACGUGGAUGUACGGAGCGCCGCCGUGCUCCGGUAGUGUCGUGCCGUUCCAUCUGAUUGCUGUGAAUAAGACGCUAGAAUCAUUUACCGAGCUUCAGUUAGCGCCGUGGGAAGGCCGGGUGUUAGCUAGCUAGCAUGUAGCGCUCAGCCUGGCGAGCUUUGGGCGGGUUCGGUCCGGCUUUGCAUGUGUGUUUAAACGAAGGCUGUGCUGCACGUUGGAAGACUAAGUGGAACACUACCAUUGCCUUGAGGGUGUGUCGUUUUUAGGAAAGCUGCAAACGACUCCUCUACGUUCGGGGUUUCAUGUCGUCCUACUUUAAGUCCCGGUGAGGCUUCGUACACGGAAAGAACGAACACGCGAUCAUCCAUCAGGCUUCUCUGCUCCAAUAUCAAGAAAACGUGUUAAUUCUUGACAUGCGAGGGUCGAUCAGAAAGUUCAGAGACUCUCCGUGAUGUAAGUGCUGCUCUGCUCCCAGCUCUCCUGCAACACCGUCAACCUCCGUCUGAGACGAGCUGAAACCCUUCAACUUGAAUUUCAUUUUGUAGAGAAAGAUAAAAUUGCUAAUCUGCUGAAUGGGAUGGCUUAGGUUGUUGUGGCCAAAAAAAACAAUGUUCACAUCCACACGCCACAAUUCAGGUGCUCUGUUCUGAAUGUAGUCCCCAGACGUUACACUGCUGUCAAAAAGACUGCACCUAUACAAAUAAAAAUAUCAGCACCUGAUUUCAAUUUUGCCAUCAUCCCUGGUAAAGUGUCUAAAAAAAGAAGAAAAAGCCGCUCCUCAUUUGAAUUUGGUCUCCAUCCCCAUUAAGGUGCUGCUCUGCUCCCAGAGCUCCAGCAACACAUACCUCUCCCUGGAUUUCCUCAUGCCACAGAUUUGCUCUGAAUGUACUGUCAGACACCUCAGGACAAUACAGUGCUGUCAAAAAUUUGGCUCAGUCUGUUUAUAAAAAUCAAAAAACUGAUUUGAAUUUGGCCACCGUCCCUGUUAAAGGGUCUCCUUGUGCAGUGCUGCUCUGCUCCCAGAGCUCCUGCUACACUUUUAGUACUGUCAAGCUCCAUCUGUGAUGAUAUGAAUAUACUAAAUUAAACCUUUCAACUUCAGUGUCGUUUUAGGGAAGAGGAUAAAGUCGGAAAUCUGGCAGCCGGGAUGGAUGAGAAGCAACGUUUAGGUUGUUGUGGCCAAAAAUGUACCACUGGAACAUCCUCAUGCCACGCUGCAGGUGGUUUGUUACAAAUGUAGACCCUCAGACACUUUGGAUAUUACAGUGCUGUCAAAAAAUAUAAAUCGUAAAUGACACCUCAUUUCAAUUUGGUUUCCAUCCCCAUUGAGGUAGUCUCCUAGUGCAGUGCUGCUCUGCUCCCAGAGCUCCUGCCACACUUUGAGCACUCGGUGAAAGUCCUGUUCGGGCAAACUCAACCUGCCAUGAGCUGAAUGUUACAACCAAAAACUCUUCAACUUGAAUUUCAUUUUGGGGACUGGAAAGCCAAGAUCUUUGGGUGUCAUCUGGAACAUGUUUCAGGACCGUGACAUGCUGGGAACACAUUUGGAUACAAACAGUCUGAACUUUCUAAUAGACCCUCGUAUUUGACUACAACUAUGCAGAAACCGGCUGUUUGGAUUUUUUUUCCUCGUGCACUUCUAUAGCAAAUGAAGGAAUUUAAACAGCAGAGGUAGUAUUCCUGUCUGACAUUCCUAAUAAACUCAGUAACUAAUAAUCUGUCGUCUGCAUGGAACCACAGAACUGUAGGAAGUAGAAUCGAAGGUUGGAUUUCACAAGCGUGGAAUUGUCUAAAUGUUGCACUGAACCUUAAUCUAGUAAACACGCUUUUAUUUUGUAGGGUUAGACUAUAUUUCUUUUGCUGGACCUGUUCAGUUUUUUUUUUCUUCAUUUGUCGAAUCGCUGCGUAAGAACCAAAACACGAGGCUGAAUCUCAGAAGUCGGCGAACGGAAGGAAUGACGAGCCGGACGGAUUCAGCCAUGUUCUCGCCAACUUCUGGUCACAGUGCCUCCUUCACUUCCUGUUCGCCCGCUAACCGCUCAUCGUCCCGUCACAUAAAGCCUACGUACACCGAGCUGCCUCUGACUUCAACACAAUGCAUGGCUUCCUUAUGACGGCGCCGCGUCGUACCGCCUUACGUAGCUAACAUUCCCAUUGCUGUCCAUGAAACCUGAAGGUUAGGCUAGCUGGACCGACAGACUCCAGAGGGUUCUGUUGGACCCGCUAUGCCGUUAAAGCGACUGAACUCGGUGUGUGUCGUGUGUUCGUGGCUCUGGAGUGUUGGCCGAGGCCUGCUGGCGGCGCCAAUGGCGUUUGAUCGAACAGACGGCGCCGCCAGCCGGGCCUCUCCGGACUCGGCAGUCUGUGGACGAUUCCUUAAUCUGAGAAUCAUUCUGAUCCCGUUUCAUGUACCUCGGUUUGUUUCCGUUGUGUUUUUUAAGAGCUGUGUUUUUGAUUUCUUUUUUUUUACUAUAUUGAAUUCUAUAACUGACUGUAAUUCCAGUGUAAACACGUAAAAUGAGUGAAAUGACAUCAUUUCAAUGAAUCUGAAGGAUUAAAUGUGAGAGGGGGGUCAAAAUGAAUGGUUUUAUGUUUUGUACAGAUUGAUAAAUUGUACAAUUGUGUCUAUAUCUUAAGUUAUCAGUUCAUCUUAAUAAAGCGCACCAGUCAUAAACCUUUA